CCAAGUGCGUUUCUCUGUAGUUCUGUUUCGCCCGGAGACCGUCGUUACGCUGCCGACUCCGUGUUCUUUGUUGGCCUUCUGGAGGUUCUUCUUGCCGCCUGCAGACCCGUUUUCGUCUGCGGUCGGCGCCGGCUGGCUCCAGGCAUCCUGCAGCGGCUGCUCGCUGCUCCUCACAUCAGCUACUUCACCGCCUCGCUGCAAGAAAACAACGGGUAAAAAUAUACACUCGCCACGUGCCCGAAAAUGCCUCACGUUUUUGUUGACUCGCUCCUUCCGCGGGAGGGAGGGGAUUACUGUUCCGUCGAACCCGGGCGGCGGAUCCCACGUGCUAGCUCUCGUCUCCCUGUUGAAGUAGUAGUAGCGGCCCGGGUGGCUGCUGCUCUUGGCGCGGACCCACGGCGACUUCUUCGACAUGUUGGCUAGCUCACUCCCAGGAGAAGAAGACGUGCCCUACGUCCGCGUACGUGCGUGCUGCAUGCAAAAUGCUCCGUUGACGUCGUCAUGCUGCAACUUGCAAACAUGUGCACGUGGGUGAGCUACUGCGCAUGCUCGGACAUUUUCCACAUGCGAGCUCCACCCCUUUCCUUGAUUGCACCUUCGGCGACGGGGGCACCUGCUGACCAGUUGCACACUCCAUGGUCCAGAGCUCCGGACGAUGGCGAUCCGUCCCGCUACCAUUCUGCCGUUUCUGAAAGGAACGAGGCCCUACGCACUGUACGUGCUCGUCGUUCUGAUGCUGGUCUUCACGCUGAACCAGAAUGAUCGCUUUCUUCUGGGGGCGACAGGCGACGCCGUUGUAAAGGCGCUGCACUUCGGGGACUUUUCCUGCACGACCAACAAGACCAACGUCUCCAGCUCGGGAUCCUGCGACAGCUCCUGUGCGAAACUAAAAACACGGAGCGAUUGCGAAGAGAGUGAGGAUGCAGUGGACUGUGUCUGGGACCACACUCCACUGGGUCUUAAAUACGAGCUCCUAGCAGGACCGCUAUUCACGUUCAUCUUCACGCUGGUAACCAUCCCCAUUGGGAUCCUGGCCAGCAGCAGAUGGGUGAACCGGAGAAUAACUCUGGCCCUCUCCGUGGUUCUGUGGAGUGGCAUGACUCUCGCUACCGGCUUCACUCGUCAGUACUGGCAGUUUCUGCUCACUCGCAUUGGACUUGGACUCUUUGAAGCUGUGUGUACUCCGUUUGCAGCUAGCAUCAUAUCUGACUACUUUCAAGAGAAGUUCCGUGGUACUGCACUGGGUCUCUACAACUGGGGCAUCUAUCUCGGCUACAGCAUGGCCUUUGGGUUCAGCUUUGUCCUGAACGCAGAGUCGCUGGGCUGGAGGUGGGUGUUCAUCAUCGCUUCUCUCCCCGGUUUCGCCGUGGCUCUGCUCAUGCUGCUCACCGUCAGGGAACCUGCCAGACACGCCCAUGACCAGUCGUUGGUGGUGUCAGUUCGAGGGAAAUCCCUCAUCAAAAAGGUGCUUCAGGCCUACACGAACCCUGCACUGCUCACCUUGUGCGUGGCUGGAGGAGUGCGUCUCGGGGCCGGGCUGGUGUGGGCGUACAACGUGAAGACCUACUUCAGCCAGAUGCACUGCGAGGGGGUCAACGUGGGCGUGUACCUGUCGUGGGUUCCUCUUGUGGGCGGGACUCUCGGGGCUCUGCUGGGCGGGAUCUUAUCCGACAGCCUCGCCAGAUUCAGUGGGUACAAAGGUCGGAUGUGGGUCCUCAUUCUAAGCCAGAUUUUCGCAGCGCCAUUCCUGGUUGGCACUCUCUUCCUUCGCUCCAUUCCCUUGGCAUUUAUGAGUCUCAUCCCAGCCUACAUCAUAGGAGAGGCUUGGCUGGGCAUCUGUCUGACUGUGGCCAUCGAGUUGGUCUCCCCCGAGGUGUCUCCAGCCUCCAUCUCCCUCUUCCUCUUCAUCUCCAACAACAUCAGCAGCGUCAUGCCUCUCCUACUGCCGCUACUGAAAGACUACUACGGUCUACAGAGAGCUAUGCUUAUUCUUUUUCCCGGACUCUAUGUUAUAUCAGCUACCCUAUUCUCCGUGUCCCUCUGCCUACUGAUAGCCCGCGAUCUGUGUCAGAAGAGAGACGAUGUAAAGUUGAAAUCUCCGAGACAUGUGCGACAAGCGUCUAGAGAGCGAAAGAGGAGGAAAGGAAAGGAGCGACUGUUUGAAAAGACACCGCUGCUCAGUGAGAAAGACCCCAGUUUACAAGGAGACUCCGAUUCCUCUGACUCAUCCGAUUGUGGGAUUUUCGAAGAGAUCGACGAACGGGAACAGAAAGAGGCUCAGAAAGCAGUGAGUUUCUCAGCGGACAGUCACGGGAGACCCGUUGUCGUGGCUGCCAGUGUAAAUGACAGGGACAACACGAGAGAGGGGGGAUGGGAGAAGGCGAGGGUGCCAGGGGUGGUACCAGCUAGAGGUGGUGCCAGCGUUAGUGUAAUGUCGGCCCCACCGAGGGUCCAGAAAAGAGGCAGAGUGGAGAGAGGGAGAAGGGGGAGAGUGAGAGGCUACGGUGCAGUUGACGUCCCCUCAAAUUCAUCAUCA